UUUUCACUUAGUUUUUCAUCGUGUGAAGUUCGUGAUUUUAGACAGAAAUCCUUGGCACUAAGUCGCUACUAUCGCAAGAUGUUGAAGUGACGAAAAGGUUGGCCAGACACCGUUCUAAUCACGUGUUGCGUUUGUUGAAUAUCGGUCGUAAAAGCAAUCGCUAUAAGUGGAUGGCUGUGGAGCUAACCGGUGAAAGUGUGAAGCAGUUGCAGCUGAAGAGCCCAACCGGGCACUUCUCCAACGGAACGGCUUUGUAUUUAGCUCACGCGUCUUUGGAAGCAAUCGAGCAUCUGCACAAAAUAGGUUACGUGCACAGAAAUAUCAACCCUGAUCAUUUUCUGAUCGGCAGAGGCCGCUUUAUACGACGACUGUACAUCAUAAGUUUCUGCAACUCGCGGAGGUACAAGGGCAACGAUGGCGUAUUAUACAGAGAACGACAGCGAGUCAAGUUCGUAUCUACUCCUCGUUACGCUUCACCGAGUGCACUUCGACUGAAGGACCAAGGCCGUAAAGACGACCUCAUAUCAUGGUUUUUUAUGGUAGUUGAACUGUUCCGCGGAAGCCUACCAUGGUCAACGCAUGACAUUGAACUUAUGGAUGAAGAAGCGUUUGAGUAUAAACAACUUUUGGAAGAAGUCGCAGACGAGAAAGAGAAAAUUAUAUUCAAUCGUCCGGAAAUACUGAUCGGAGACGCGCCGCAGGAACUACACGACCUCCUUCGCUAUCUGAUGGCACUUGAUUUCGACGAGAGGCCGGAUUACACGGGAAUCAGAAAUUUUCUGUUCGAAAUCUGCAGCACAACGGUGGAAGAUAAAACACAGUUGCUUGAUUUCGAGCCGUCAGGAAUGACCGCAAUAGAAGUAGACCGGCCGGAUAUGGACGAAAGCUUUGUUAGUGAUUUGCAAUCGUUUCCGGAACAGGAUUUGAUCACCGCGGAUAAGUUUAAAUCGACUCAGUACAUAACACCGGAAUUUGACAUCAGAGACAAACACGGAACUGGUUUGAAGGCAAAGAAAAACAAUCAUGCUUCAAGAUAUGAAAGUAAGAAGCGAGGUAACGCAAAGAAAUUGCGUAAAAGCCGCUGA